AUGCCGGCGAGCCAAGAAAACAGAGCGGUGAGCGACAGGCGGCAGAAACAUUUUGGCCCUGUCUCGCCGAGCUUCACCUCGCCAAUUUGCUCAGCAAUAUUGCCGUACCGCCAGUCUCCUCUCUCGCCGCCAGCCCGAGUCGCAUAUCCUAAGAUGGCCCAAGGAACUAUCAAGCAGAAGGCGAAGCCCGCCGCCGGCAAUGCGAAGAAAGGCAGCCAGGCACUGAAGCCCCGUGGAAGCCGCCAGAUCGCCCCGAAGAAGCAGAAACUCAUCCAGCAGAAGAAGCUGUUGAAGAAGCACUCGGCCGGAUUGGCUGCUCUGACUGAGAAGCAACUUGCUGAGAAGGCCGGGCACCUGGAAAUGCUGAGGGGCGGAAAGAAAGACAAGAAGGAAAAGGAAAAGAAAUAG